CCGAGGCGGGGCGGGCCCUGCCCGAGCACGGCGGCGGGCGGAGGCCGCAGGCGGGGCCGCCACCGCCUCCUCCUCUUCCUUCCCGGCCGCCGCCAGCCGUGCCGGCGGUGGGCCCCGCCAUGGGGCUGUGCCUGCCCUGCAUGGGGGGCGCCGUCAAGGACGUGGUGGAGACGCCCGACCCGGAAAUAAAAAGAAGACAACUAGCAGAAGCCGCUGAGAAGAGGCAGAUGGAGGCUUCCUCUCGAGGUAUUAAGAACACUUAUUCCUUAGAGCAAAAGAAAAAGAAACAGGAAGAAAUAGAAAAAAGAAUUGCAGCUUCAGGUUCUGGAGGAGAAGGAGGACUGAGAUGGCAGGUUGGAUAAAGAAGUAUGACUUCUGGAGAGAAGACUGAUGUUUACUGCCAAUAACUUGCCAGUUUCUGCAGCCGAGUGGCACUUACUCAUCAUGUGGCUUUUGCUGUUUGCGUAUGAAGACUCAGCAGUACUUUGCCAGUGCAGGAGGGCAGAUGUGGAAUUGUGUAGUAAGAAAGUUAAGAGCUCAAGCCUCUGAACACUAGGUUUUGGCCAACUUUUGUUUUAUGUGCAUGUUCUAUUGGCUCCCUGUCAAGGGAGCGAGAUGGGUUUUCUCACGUAGAAGCGAUGUCUUGACCCUGUAGUCAGUCUGUGUGUAUGUUACCUGGUCAGUUGGUACAUCUAUGUUUAUGGCCAGCUUAGGCAGAGUUCACAUGCCCAUGUGAUGUUUAACACUUACUUUGAGCUCUACAGUUAAACUUUUCUCCAACUCCUUAUGUAGAAUGGAGUUCAUAACUAUGUAUUUGAAUAUGUACGUUACCACAUUUCUUUUCAGUUUCCUAAUAACUUGUGAACUGCUUAAGGAUUUAGUGCCUUUAAAAGAAAAAACAAACAACUAAAGCAGACUCGAUAGGCCCGUAGAGACUGAAGCUUUUUGACACUGCGUAGAAAACCUUUAUAAGCCCUGUAUACUUACUGCAAGAAAGUUGUUUUAUUGUGAGUCUAACAAUUGUUCUCCUCACUUUCAGAUGUGAAUUUCUUUUCCAUAUUUAAGUAUUUAUAAAGAAUACUGGAACAUAAACACUAAAUGAAAAAUAACAUUUAUUCAUUGUUUUGUUGUUUUUUCUUUUUAAACACAAGAGGGCAGUGCUGCACUUCAGAUAAUUUUGAAAAACAAAAAGCAAAAGAUCCAUUAUGUCAUCUCUUGGCCAGUUCAUUUGCUGAAACUUCUGUACUAUCUGGGUGGGUUUGUUACACUGCACUAACGUUGGCCGAAUGCCUGAAGCUCUGUCGCUUUUCUUCUGUAUUCAGGAAUGUCUGAAAUUCCCUUCCCGAAUGUGAAACUGCCUUGGAUUAUUUAGAGCUACCUAAACUAUGGUAUAACUAGUGACCUCAAGCCCCUGUUUUGACUGACAAGGAAAGCUUGUUGCAGCAUGAUCAACAUUAAGAACCUGGCUCCUCUUUUCCCUGAAAAGCAUUAGCUUUGGCUCAGCAUGUCAUUGACCCCAUUUUGACCUAUAUUGGCUUUUCAUCUUCCCUGAACUAAAUACUUGUUUUACCUUUCCAAAUAGUGUCUCACAUUGUCUUAGGAGCUCAGUCCUGACGCAGGGAGUUUCCUGGCUUAACCUUUGUAAUUGAGUCAAGAAGGGAGACCUUACAAUAUUAAUAUGAUAUUGUUAGGGCUAAGAAGUUGCGUCCUUGGCAGAUGAUGAAUACAUGUAGUUUCCUUUGAUUGUUUGCACUUGUUCUCUUCACUGUAUUUAAAAAACAUUACUAUGACCAAUUAAUUCUAAUGAAAAUGCACUGUAAUGUAAUAAAGUAUAUUAAACAA